GCGAUUGGCCGGCGCCGCCAGCUGGUCCAGAUUCAUUCACCAUUUUGUCGGUUGGAGUAAAAGGGGCUCGGAGGGGCCGAGAGGGGCUCGGGCUGGACCAUCCCGCGGGGGACAGGGGGGGCCGGGCUGUACCAACCCCUCCGCAGAGGGGGGGGAGCGGGCUGCGCCGGGCUCCCCCCUCGCACGGCGGGGGGGGCGAACAGGUCCCCGAGGCUGAGCCCGGCCCGGCGGGAGGAAGAUGAAACCGGUGAGGAAGGCCGGCAGCUCCUCCUCCUCCUCCUCGUCCUCCUCCUCGACGUCCUCGUCCUCCUCCGGCGGGCGGCUGCCGCCCUCCGGCCGCCCCAAGGCCCCCAAGCGCCGCCCGCCCGAGGGCGCCGGGGGGGCGAAGGCCGAGGGCGAGGAAGACGGCGGCGAGGAAGCCGCGGCGGCGGGCGGCAGCCGCAAGACGGCCACCUUCAAGGCGCGGGCGCCGCGCAGGAAGGCGCCGGCGGGCGGCACCGAGGAGUGGAGCGGCAGCGAGGGCUCGGGGCCCGGCGGCGACGACGAGGCCGAGGCCGAGGCCGAAGGCCCCGGCGGGCCCUGCCCCUCCUCCAGCACCGACACGGCCAGCGAGCGCUCGGCCGACGACGAGGAGGCCGGCGGGGAGGCGGCGGCGGCGGCGGGGGGGCCGCGGCGGCUGCGGGCGCAGCGGGUGCUGGCGCGGCGCCGCGGGCUCUUCCAGCCGGCCGUGGUGAGGCCGGCGCGGCGCGGGCCGGCGCUGGCGGUGCAGUUCGCCGGCGAGCCCGGCCUCACCUACUACGAGGGGCCGCCGGCGGCGCGGGACGUGGUGCUGGACGCCGUGCCGCCGGCCGGGGCGCUGGCGCUGGGCACGGCCGUCUGCGCCCGCCUGGACGCCCGCCGCGGCGCCUACGGCGAGGGCACCGUGGUGGAGAUCGGCGCCAAGGCCGCCUCCUACAAGAUCCGCUUCGCCCGGCCCGGCCCCGGCGCCCACCGCGACUCCGCCUGGGUGCCGCGCUCCGGCCUCCGCCUCCUGCGCCCGCCCUGGGGCCGCGACGAGGCCGAGAAGCCGCCGUGGGGCUGCGACGAGGCCGAGAAGCCGCCGUGGAGCCGGGAGGAGGCCGAGAAGCCGCCGUGGAGCCGGGACGAGGCCGAGGAGCCGUCCUGGAGCCGGGAAGAGGCCGAGAAGCCUCCGUGGAGCCGGGACGAGGCCGAGGAGCCGUCCUGGAGCCGGGAAGAGGCCGAGAAGCCUCCGUGGAGCAGGGAGGAGGCCGAGGAGCCGUCCUGGAGCCGGGAUGAAGCCAAGAAGCCUCCUUGGGGCAGGGGGGAGGCCGAGAAGCCUCCGUGGAGUCGAGAAGAGGCCGAGAAGCCUCCGUGGAGCAGGGAAGAGAGUGAAGAACCGUCCUGGAGCCGGGACGAAGCCAAGAAGCCUCCGUGGAGCCAAGAAGAGGCCAAGAAGCCUCCGUGGAGCAGGGACGAGGCCGAGAAGCCACCGUGGAGCAGGGACGAGGCCGAGGAACCGUCCUGGAGCCGGGAUGAAGGCAAGAAGCCUCCGUGGAGCCGGGAUGAAGCUGAGAAACCUCCUUGGAGCCGUGAUGAGUCCGAGAAGCCUCCGUGGAGCCGGGAGGAGGCCGAGAAGCCUCCAUGGAGCCGGGACGAGGCCGAGAAGCCUCCAUGGAGCCGGGAGGAGGCCGAGAAGCCACCUUGGAGCAGGGACGAGGCCGAGAAGGUGCCAUGGAGCCGGGAUGAGUCCGAGAAGCCUCCAUGGAGCCGGGACGAGGCCGAGAAGGUGCCGUGGAGCCGGGACGAGUCCAAGAAGCCCCCGGCUGCGGACGGCGACGACGAGGAGGCUCCGGGGCCGGACGCCAAGCACCCGGAGGACGCCGAGGUGUCCAAGAUCAGCGCCGGGGCGCGGGCGGAGGAGCCGCCGCCGCCGCCGCCGUCCGCCCCGCCGCCCCCGCCGCCCCCCAAGUCGCCGUCGCGGCUGAGCCCGGAGGCCGGCGGGAGCCGGGGGCCGUCGGAGAAGGCGUCGCCGGCGCCGGGGCGGUCGCGGACGCCGCUGACGGCGGCGCAGCAGAAGUACAAGAAGGGCGACGUGGUGUGCACGCCCAACGGCAUCCGCAAGAAGUUCAACGGGAAGCAGUGGCGGCGGCUGUGCUCCCGCGAGGGCUGCAUGAAGGAGUCGCAGCGGCGCGGCUACUGCUCCCGGCACCUCUCCAUGCGCACCAAGGAGAUGGAGAGCCUGGCCGAGGGCGGCCGGGCCGCGGCGGCGGCGGCCGGGCGGGAGGGCAGCGCCGAGUUCGAGUGGGACGAGACGUCGCGGGACAGCGAGGCCAGCGGCAGCGCCCGGGGCGACUCGCGCCCGCGGCUGGCGCCGGCCGCCGACCUCUCGCGCUUCGAGUUCGACGAGUGCGAGGCCGCCGUGAUGCUGGUGUCGCUGGGCAGCUCGCGCUCCGGCACGCCGUCCUUCUCGCCCGUCUCCAACCAGUCGCCCUUCUCGCCGGCGCCGUCCCCGUCGCCCUCGCCGCUCUUCGGCUUCCGCCCCGCCAGCUUCAGCCCCGUCUCGGCCUCCCCGGCCCUGCAGCGCGCGGCCGCCCGCAGCCGCCACGUCAGCGCCGGCGGCCCCAAGGGCGAGGGGCCCGGCCCCGACCCGCCGCCGCCGCCGCCGCUGCCGCCGCGCGGCCGCCACGGCUCCGGCCUGGCCGCCUUCCCGCCCGGCCUGGCCUUCACGGUGCCCGUGAGCCCCGGCAAGCGCCGCGCCGAGCCGCCGCCGCCGCCGCACCGCGACGCCGAGCCGGGCGCCGACGGCACCGCCGCGCUCCGGGUGCUGUCGCCGCCGCCGGGGCCGCUGCUGCUGUCGCCGCCGGCGGGGCUGACGGCCGAGCCGGGCCCGGCGGUGCGGCGGGUGCCGGCGGUGCAGCGCGACUCGCCCGUCAUCGUCCGCAACCCCGAGGUGCCGCUGCCGGAGCCGCCGCCGGAGCACCGGGCCGGGCGCGAGCCGCCGCAUCGUCCCCCCGCCGCCGCCGCCGCCGCCAAGCUGCGGGCGCCGGUGCCCAUCGCCGUGGGGCGGCCCCACGGAGGGGGGGCCGUGGGGCAGGGCCCCCCCGGGCCGGCGGCCCCGCUGCAGCCCGUGGCCUUCCACCCGUCGCCGGCGGCGCUGCUGCCCGUGCUGGUGCCCGGGGACUACGGCGGCCCCCCCGCCCCCCGCAAGGAGAUCAUCAUGGGGCGGCCCGGCACCGUGUGGACCAACGUGGAGCCGCGCUCGGUGGCCGUCUUCCCCUGGCACUCGCUGGUGCCCUUCCUGGCGCCCAGCCAGCCCGACGCCUCCCCGCAGCCCCCCGAGGGGCAGCCGCCCGUCACUCACCCCGCCGCAGCCAAUCAGAGCAAAGAGCCCCCCGAGUCGGCGGCCGUGGCCCCUGAGCCGCCCGGGGGGGGGGGCGGCCCGUCGCGGCCCCUGAGCCCCCCCCCGGCGGCGGCGGCCCCCCCCGGGGAGCGGGGGGGCGGCGAGGACGAGGCGCCGGGGCCCCCCCGGCUGGACAGCGAGACCGAGAGCGACCACGACGACGCGUUCAUCUCCAUCGCGGCCCCCGAGCUGCCGCUGCCGCUGCCCCCCGGCAAGCGCCGCACGCAGUCGCUCAGCGCCCUGCCCAAGGAGCGCGACGGCCCCCCCGACAAGGACGCCCGCAGCCCCAACAAGCGGGAGAAGGACCACAUCCGGCGGCCCAUGAACGCCUUCAUGAUCUUCAGCAAGCGGCACCGGGCGCUGGUGCACCAGCGGCACCCCAACCAGGACAACCGCACCGUCAGCAAGAUCCUCGGCGAGUGGUGGUACGCGCUGGGCGCCCGCGAGAAGCAGAAGUACCACGACCUCGCCUUCCAGGUGAAGGAGGCGCACUUCAAGGCCCACCCGGACUGGAAGUGGUGCAACAAGGACCGCAAGAAGUCCAGCUCGGAGGCCAAGGGCCCGGGGGGGGCCGGGGGGGGCCCCAAGGAGCCGCGCGAGCGCAGCAUGUCCGAGACCGGCCCCGCCGCCCCCCCGCCCGGCGCGUCGGACCCCCCCGGCCUGGCGGGCCCCGAGGGCAAGGGGGUGCUGGGGGGCGCCGGGGAGCGGCUGCUGCCCGGGGGGGGGGCGCCGCCCCCCCGGCCCCGCGCCUUCUCCCACAGCGGGGUGCACGGCCUGGAGGGGCCCCCCCCCGAGCGCGACGGCCAGGCCCUGCACGAGCUCGCCCAGAUGUGCUCGGGGCCGGCCCCCUACGGCGGCAAGGCGGGGGGCCCCUACGGGGGGGGUCCGGGCCCCUCGGGGCCGCCGCCGGCCCCCCCCGGGGAGGGGGGGCGCCCCCCCGCCGUGCCCCCCCCCGGGCGGGCGCCCCGCUCGCAGCGAGCGGCCAGCGAGGAGAUGACGAGCGACGAGGAGCGCAUGGUCAUCUGCGAGGAGGAGGGCGACGACGACGUCAUCGCGGAUGACGGGUUCCCCCCCGGGGACAUCGACCUCAAGUGCAAGGAGCGGGUCAGCGACAGCGACAGCGACGGCUCCUCGGGGGACGAGCGGCGCCCCAAGGGCUUCCCGCGGAAGCUGUUCUCCCCGGCGCUGCCCCCCGGCCGCCCCCCCCCGCCGCCCCCCCCGGAGCUGGAGCCCCCCCCCGGCCCCGAGCCGCCCCCCCCGGCCAAGCCCUACGGCCCCUUCGCCCCCGCCCCUGCCCCCCCCUACAAGGACCCGCGGGCCGGGGGGGCCCCCGCCGCCGCCCCCCCCCGCCCCGCCGCCCCCCCGGCCAAGCGCUCCGAGCCCCCCCCCCGCCGCAAGCGGGCCGACAGCGCCGGGGGGGCCGAGGCGGGGGGGGGCAGCGGCGGUGGGGGGGGCGGUGCCCCCCCCUCGGUCAUCGCCGGCGCCCCCCCCCCGGCCGGCGGCGCGGUGGGGGGGGCCGUGCUGCAGGCCCUGGUGCUGCCCGAGCGCCCGCCGGGGGGGGGCCCCACCCUGGCCUUCGCCGCCGCCGCCCCCCCCGCGGCCUCGGGGGCGGGGGGGCCCGGGGGGGGGCCGCCGGGGCGCCCGGCCCCCACCGCGGUCACCAGCGUGCUGAAGCCGGUGAGCAGCACCCCGGUGCCCAUCGCCAGCAAGCCGCCCCCCCCGCCGCGCCGCAGCCCCCCCCCGCCCGACGCCAAGGCCGCCCCCCCCGCCGCGGGGGGGCUCGUCGCCGGCCUGGUGGUGGGCGGCGGGGGUGGGGGCGGGGGGGGGCCCGGCCCCCCCUUGGCCGUGCUGCCCCCCGGCGCCGCCCUGGCCCCCCCGCUGUCGCCGGCGGGGGGGGGCGCGGGGGGGGGCCCCAACGGCCCCCUGCCCCUGGGGCUGCUGCAGCCCCCCGGGCUGCUGCCCGCGCCCCCCCCCGGCAAGGCGGGCGCCAUCGCCCAGGUGCAGUACAUCCUGCCCACCCUGCCCCCCCCCGCCGCCGCCGCCGCCCCCCCCAAGCCGCCCCCCCCGGCCGCCGCCCCCCCCGCCGCCCCCCCCGGCCUCCACUUCGCCCUGCCGCCCCCCAACGGCAAGGUGCUGGCGCCCGGCCCCCCCGGCCCCCCCGCGCUGCCCCUGCUGCAGCCCGCCCCCGCCGCCCCCCCCCCCGCCGCAGCCCCCCCCGGCGCCGCCGUGGCCGUCGUCGGCUCCGCGCCCAAAGCCCAGGCGCCGUCGCCCGUCCAGGCCGCGGGGGCCUCGACCCACCUGGUGCCGGGGAAGGUGCUGGUGCCCAUGGGGGCCCCCCCCGCCGCCGUGCGCCCCCCCGCGCCCCCGGCGCCCCCCCCGGGAAAG